AUGGCGGCUUCUUUGGAAUUGACAAAAGGUGCAUGGACAGCGGAGGAAGAUGAUCGCCUCAGGAAGUGCAUUGAGAAGAAUGGAGAAGGAAAAUGGCAUCGAGUCCCACUCGCAGCAGGUCUAAAUAGAUGUAGAAAGAGUUGUAGGUUGAGGUGGUUGAAUUAUCUCAGACCAAAUAUCAACAGAGGAAAGUUCACUGCUGAUGAAGUUGAUCUCAUGAUAAGAAUGCAUAAGCUUCUAGGAAACAGGUGGUCGCUGAUUGCUGGUAGGCUUCCUGGAAGAACAGCUAAUGAUGUGAAAAAUUAUUGGAACACUCAUUUACGAAAAAAAGCUUCAAAUUGUUUCCUUAACAAAAAUGAUGGAAAAGAUCUUCAUGUUGUGAAAGUGAAUGCAAUAAAGCCUCAGCCUCGAGUUUUUUCAAAGAACUUGGUAUCUCAUGAAGGCAAAUCUUCCUUUAUCGUUGAUCACAAUCAGGAACAUCUUAUCUUGAAUCAAGACAAUCUCUACUUCCAGCCUUUAAUGGCUUCCACUGAUCAAUCUGAUAACGAGAUUUCAUGGUGGCAGAGCUUGGUAGAUGAUAAACAAAUGGAUCAUAUAACACUUAGUAGCUCUACAAGUGCUUUUGAACUUAACUCAGAUCACUUCAUUGAUAAAAAUUUCGACUACGUCGAAGUAGAUAAUAUUAUCAUUAAUGAUGAUCCUACGGAGGAGGAUAUCACUUCUGGAAAACCAGAAGCUGCGGGCGUGAUUGCCUCUGCAACUGCUGUUUGCCCUGUUGGUAUAUUCUCUAUUUUCAAUUCGAACCGACGUCGUUUUGAGAAUCGUCCAGGAAAUAUGGAAACGGCUUUAACCCUCUAA